CAUGAAGGCAGGAAUUUUUUUCUAGUUGCUCUCAGCAAAUCACUAAGGACUACGUGUCUGGAAGAGAGAGUAUAAAUGUCCUCACCACAGCUGUGGUUUAUCUUUGUCUAUAAUCUGCUCUCUGAAUGACUACCAGAAAAUCACAUGGAUAUCUUUUCAGAAAUUAAUGGAUUAUUCUACCAAUAUUACAUAUUUAACACUGGAGGGACAUGUAGAAUUAGAGCAUUACAGAUAUGUUUAUUUUAUAUUUACGCUCACUGCCUAUAUAAUGAUUAUCUGCUUUAACACGGUUAUCAUUUGUGUCAUAUUCAAAAAGAAACAUCUUCAUGAGCCCAUGUACAUUUUCAUUGCUGCUUUGCUUUGUAAUGCUCUCUUUGGAGCGACUGCUCUUUAUCCUAAACUGCUCAUUGAUUUACUUUCUGAAAAACAAAUAAUCUCUUUUGGAGCUUGUUUAUUUCAGGCAUUUUGCAUAUACACAUAUGGUGCAUCAGAGUUCACACUGUUAUCAGUUAUGGCCUAUGACAGAUAUGUGUCCAUCUGUAAACCUUUACAUUAUGCAUCUCUUGUAAAAAUGUCCACUGUCAGAAAUCUCUUAUUUUUAUCAUACUUUUUGCCUUGUUGUGAAAUUGGUGUUGGUGUUAUUCUAGCAUCCCGACUUCAGCUGUGUAAAUUUAAAUUGAACAGAAUAUACUGUGAUAAUUAUUCAGUUGUGAAGUUAAGCUGUAAAGAAACAUUUGUUAAUAACUUAUAUGGACUUUUUAUUUUCAGCAUUACUGUAUUUCCUCCAGUGUUCUUCAUAAUCUACUCUUAUGUCAGGAUACUCACUUUGUGUUUAAAGAAUUCUAAAGAUUUCAGAAGAAAAGCUCUACAGACCUGUUUACCACAUCUUCUCAUUUUCAUCAAUUUUUCCAUCAACGCAAGUUUUGAAAUUAUAAAUUCUAGACUUGAAUCAAAUCAAAUUCCCCAAAUUAUUACCAUGAUCCUGUCAGUGGAAUAUUUAGUUAUUCCUCCUUUAUUCAAUCCUAUAAUAUAUGGAUUAAAACUGCAGGAGAUUUAUAAUGAUAUUAAGAAAAUAUUUAAAUCGGACUUCAGGCAUAACACUAACAGCUGCCACAUGCAGAAGUUCUCUGAUGAUACGGUUAUUGUUGGACGAGUAUCAGAGAACGAUCAGGAAUUCCGGGAGGUCACCGAUUGCUGA